CCUUCUCGGUCGCGGGCCCUGCUCGGUAGCGCCGGCGCACUGGCUCGCUCCGUUUACAAGCUCCGGGGCCUGUAGGCGCCGCGAGUUCCGGCUGUCGCCGUCGCCGCCGCGGCUCCUGGAGGUCGGUUGCGACGAGUAACGGUGCAGGGACGAGCCCUGCGCCCUCUCCGAUAUGUACCCCAACUGGGGCCGAUAUGGCGGGAGCAGCCACUAUCCGCCUCCGCCGGUCCCGCCGCCACCGCCGGUGGCGCUUCCUGAGGCCUCGCCCGGGCCCGGGUACUCGAGCUCGACGACUCCCGCGGCCCCCUCCUCCUCCGGCUUCAUGAGCUUCCGCGAACAGCACUUGGCGCAGCUCCAGCAGCUGCAGCAGAUGCACCAGAAGCAAAUGCAGUGCGUGCUCCAGCCCCAUCACCUUCCUCCGCCCCCCCUGCCGCCCCCGCCGGUGAUGCCCGGGAGCGGCUACGGAGACUGGCAGCCACCGCCGCCACCGAUGCCCCCUCCACCUGGGCCGGCCCUCAGCUAUCAGAAGCCGCAGCAGUACAAACACCAGAUGCUCCACCACCAACGAGACGGGCCUCCUGGUUUGGUUCCCAUGGAGCUGGAUUCCCCUCCUCAAUCUCCCCCUGUACCGCCAGGGUCCUAUAUGCCCCCCUCUCAGUCUUACAUGCCCCCACCUCAACCGCCACCCUCGUACUACCCCCCGGCCUCGUCUCAGACCUAUUUGCCUCCUGCUCAGCCGUCCCCUUCUCAGUCCCCACCUUCCCAAUCCUACCUGGCUCCCACCUCUUCUUAUUCUUCCUCUUCCUCCUCGCAGUCCUACAUGAGCCAUUCCCAGUCCUACUUGCCCUCUUCUCAGGCAUCUCCUUCCCGCCCUUCCCAGGGCCAUUCCAAAUCCCUGCUAGCUCCACCACCGUCCACGGCUUCUGGGAGUAAGACAACUGUCCAGCAAGAGCCUUUGAAGAGUGGUGCCAAGAACCAGAAUGCUGAACAGCAUCAAGCUGCCCCUGAGCCAGAUCCUUCGAAGAUGACUCCACAGGAACAGCAGCAGUAUUGGUAUCGACAGCACUUGCUUAGUUUGCAGCAGAGGACAAAAGUGCAUUUGCCAGGACACAAAAAGGGUCCUGUCAUAGCAAAGGAUGCACCCAAGCCGGUAAAAGAAGUUCCAGUACCUGCCACCAGUCAAGUAGCAGAACCCCCUUCAUCUGAGGAGCCCCCGUUACCUCCUCCUAAUGAGGAAGUACCACCCCCUCUCCCACCUGAAGAAUCCCAGUCUGAGGACCCGGAAGAAGACGCCAGGUUGAAACAGUUGCAGGCUGCGGCUGCACACUGGCAGCAGCACCAGCAGCACCGAGUCGGCUUCCAGUAUCAGGGAAUAAUGCAGAAGCACACUCAGUUACAGCAGAUCCUGCAGCAGUACCAGCAGAUCAUACAGCAGCCACCACACCUUCAGACCAUGUCUGUAGAUAUGCAACUGCGGCAUUAUGAGAUGCAGCAGCAGCAGUUUCAACAUCUCUACCAAGAAUGGGAGCGAGAGUUUCAGCUGUGGGAGGAGCAGCUUCAUUCCUAUCCUCAUAAAGAUCAGCUUCAGGAGUAUGAGAAGCAGUGGAAAACAUGGCAGGGACACAUGAAAGCCACUCAGACCUAUCUCCAGGAGAGAGUCAAUUCAUUUCAGAACAUGAAGAACCAAUAUAUGGGGAACAUGUCAAUGCCACCUCCUUUUGUUCCAUAUUCUCAGAUGCCUCCACCUCUGCCAACAAUGCCCCCUCCGGUACUGCCUCCAUCAUUGCCACCACCAGUGAUGCCCCCUGCCCUACCUGCCUCCGUGCCCCCACCUGGCAUGCCCCCACCUGUGAUGCCACCUUCUCUACCAACCUCUGUGCCCCCACCUGUGAUGCCUCCAUCUCUGUCUUCCACAGGGCCACCACCAGUCCUUCCCCCACCCUCCCUCUCCUCUGUAGGGCCCCCGCCAGUUCUGCCCCCACCGUCUCUGUCUUCAACGGCACCUCCACCCGUCAUGCCCCUCCCACCGUUGUCUUCAGCCACACCUCCUCCAGGAAUACCUCCCCCUGGGGUUCCACAAGGGAUGCCUCCUCAAUUAACAACAGCCCCAGUUCCACCAGUCUCCAGUUCUCAGACUUCACAACAUCCGGAGAAACCUAGACCAGCGUUACUUCCCACUCCCGUGUCUUUUGGUUCAGCCCCACCCUCAGCUUACCAUCCUCCAUUGCAAUCAGCUAUUGGCCCAUCAGAACAAGGGAAUUCUAAAGGUCCUCUGAGCAAGUCUGCUCUGCCCUACGGUUCGUUCUCAUCUGAGCCAGGACUUGGGGAGUCUUCAGUCGCUCCAUCUCAGCCAAUCACUGCAGUCAAGGACAUGCCAGUGAGGUCAGGUGGACUGCUUCCAGAUCCUCCCAGAAGCAGUUACAUGGAAGGUCUAAAAGGGCCAAGAUUUGAUGGUCCUCGAAGAUUUGAGGAUUUAGGGUCAAGGUGUGAAGGACCGAGACCCAAAGGGCCUCGUUUUGAAGGAAAUCGCCCCGAUGGGCCAAGACCCAGAUAUGAAGGUCACCCAGCAGAGGGCACUAAAAGCAAAUGGGGGAUGAUUCCCCGGGGGCCAGCAUCUCAGUUUUAUAUUACCCCCAAUACAUCCCUAAGUCCUCGACAGAGUGGACCACAGUGGAAAGGCCCCAAACCAGCUUUGGGACAGCAACAUCAGCAGCAACCUAAGUCACAAGCAGAACCUCUUUCAGGAAACAAAGAACCAUUAGCAGACACCAAUAGUAACCAGCAGAAGAAUUUAAAAAUGCAAUCCGCUGCAUUAUCCAUUGGUGCAGAUGUAAAGGAUGCCAAGGCGGCUCAGUCAAAUGAGAAUCUAAGCGACUCUCAGCAAGAGCCACCUAAAAGCGAAGUCUCGGAAGGGCCCAUAGAGCCUUCUAAUUGGGACCAGAAUUCUCAAAGUAUGGAGACUCAAAUGGACAAAACCCAAGCUGUUACUCAGCCUGUAUCCCUUGCAAAUAAACCUCUACCUACUCAAUCUACUUUUUCCUCAAAAACAGGGGGGAUGGAGGGAGGAGCAAUAGUAGCGGCAUCAUCAUCGACUGCAGACAGUGAGUUUAAGCCUUUAGGUAUUGGUCUGCCCCACUCUGGAGACAACCAAGAUAAAGGGCUGCUUCAGCCAGAUAACAGAGAUAAGUUAGACAGCAGCUCAUCUUACCGAGGUCCUGGGCAAAGCAGAAUGGAAGACAUGCAGGAUAAAGGACUAGUAAAUAGAGGUCGAGGCCAGGCAAUCAGCAGGGGCCCAGGGUUGAUCAAGCAAGAAGACUUUCAUGAUAAGAUGAUGGGUAGAAGAGAAGACAGUCGAGAGAAGAUGAGCAGAGGAGAAGGCAAUCGGGACAGAGGGUUGGUGAGGCCAGGGAGCAGUCGGGAGAAAGUGCCGUGUGGUAUGCAAGGCAGCCAGGACAGGGGUAGAGCCGGCAGCCGAGAAAGGGGACCACCUCGGAGGGCUGGCAGUCAGGAGAGAGGACCCCUUCGAAGGGCCGGGAGUAGAGAAAGAGUUCCACCUCGAAGAGCUGGGAGCAGGGAGAGGGCACCACCUCGAGGGCCUGGCAGUCGGGAAAGGGGACUGGGAAGACCAGAUUUGGGCCGUGACAGAGGUCCAUUUAGACCUGAGUCAGGAGAUGGGGAAAAAAUGUAUCCUUACCACCGAGAUGAGCCACCUAGAGCUCCGUGGAACCAUGGAGAGGAGAGAGGGCAUGAGGAGUUCCCUUUAGAUGGUAGGAAUGCCCCAAUGGAACGAGAAAGACUUGAUGAUUGGGAUAGAGAGAGAUACUGGAGAGAAUGUGAACGGGACUAUCGAGAUGAUACUCUAGAUCCAUAUAACAGAGAGGACAGGUUCCCAGCACCACCAUCUCGAUCUCAUGAUGGAGAUAGACGAGGCCCGUGGUGGGGGGACUGGGAGAGAGAUCAGGAUAUGGACGAGGACUACAGCAGGGACAUGGACAGGGACAUGGACAGGGAUAUGGAUCGGAUCGGAAGACCGAUGGAUGUGUAUGAUAGAAAUUUGGAUAAUGAGUGGGACAGAGAUUAUGGGAGACCGCUGGAUGAACAAGAAUCACAGUUCCGUGAACGGGAUAUUCCAUCUCUUCCACCUUUACCGCCCCUCCCACCUCUUCCACCUUUGGAUAGAUAUCGGGAUGAUAGAUGGAGAGAAGAAAGAAAUCGAGACCAUGGGUAUGAUCGAGAUUUCCGUGAUAGGGGUGAGUUGAGGAUCCGAGAGUAUCCAGAAAGAGGAGAUACGUGGCGGGAAAAGCGAGAUUAUAUACCUGACAGAAUGGACUGGGAAAGAGAACGGUUGUCAGACAGAUGGUACCCAUCUGAUGUGGAUAGACAUUCCCCCAUUGCGGAACAUAUGCCCUCCUCACAUCAUUCUUCUGAAAUGAUGGGGUCGGAUGCAAAUUUAGACUCUGACCAAGGCCUUGGAGGGGUAAUGGUUCUCAGUCAGAGGCAGCACGAAAUCAUUUUGAAAGCUGCACAAGAACUGAAAAUGCUUCGGGAACAGAAAGAACAGCUUCAAAAGAUGAAAGACUUUGGGUCUGAGCCACAGAUGCCUGACCACCUACCACCCCAGGAUUCGAGGUUGCAGAAUACAUCUUCAAGACCUGGAAUGUAUCCGGUAUGGGAAAAUCCUCCAGGGUCCUAUAGACCACCCCCUCCUAUGGGUAAACCACCAGGUUCAAUUGUAAGGCCCUCUCCUCCACCAGCAAGAUCAUCUGUUCCUGUGACCAGACCACCUAUCCCAAUACCACCACCCCCACCCCCACCUCCUCCUCCUCCGCCGCCUCCUCCAAUGAUAAAGCCACAGACUUCAGCUGUGGAACAGGAGCGUUGGGAUGAAGACUCUUUCUACGGCCUCUGGGAUACAAAUGAUGAACAAGGACUGAAUUCAGAAUUUAAACCAGAGACUGCGACAGUUCCAUCUGCUCCAGUGUUACCACCCCCACCUGUUCACCCUUCCAUCCCCCCUCCCGGCUCAAUGCCUAUGGGUAUGCCACCAAUGUCCAAACCACCGCCAGUGCAACAGACUGUCGAUUAUGGCCAUGGCCGAGAUAUAUCCACUAACAAAGUUGAGCAGAUACCCUAUGGAGAAAGAAUAACUCUGCGCCCAGACCCACUACCUGAAAGAUCAACUUUUGAGACAGAGCAUGCAGGCCCACGUGAUCGUUAUGACAGAGACAGAGACCGUGAGCCUUAUUUUGAUCGUCAGAGUAAUGUCAUGGCAGAUCAUCGAGAUUUCAAAAGGGACCGAGAGGCACACAGAGACCGAGACCGGGAUCGUGGUGUUAUUGACUACGACCGGGAGCGAUUUGACAGAGAACGCCGACCUCGCGAUGAUAGGACUCAGUCAUAUCGAGACAAAAAAGACCACUCUUCGUCCAGGAGAGGAGGGUUUGAUAGGCCAUCUUAUGACCGAAAGUCAGACCGACCGGCCUACGAAGGACCAUCCAUGUUUGGAGGAGAACGAAGAACUUACCCAGAGGAGCGGAUGGCCCUGCCAGCUCCUUCGCUGAGCCACCAGCCGCCUCCAGCUCCACGGGUUGAGAAGAAGCCUGAAUCUAAGAAUGUGGAUGAUAUUUUGAAACCACCCGGCCGAGAGAGCAGACCUGAGAGAAUUGUUGUUAUAAUGAGAGGAUUGCCUGGCAGUGGAAAGACACAUGUUGCAAAACUUAUUCGAGAUAAGGAGGUAGAAUUUGGAGGACCUGCACCCAGAGUUCUAAGCCUGGAUGAUUACUUCAUCACUGAAGUGGAAAAAGAAGAAAAAGAUCCAGAUUCUGGGAAGAAAGUGAAGAAGAAGGUCAUGGAGUAUGAAUAUGAAGCCGAGAUGGAGGAGACCUAUCGCACCAGCAUGUUCAAAACUUUCAAAAAGACUCUGGACGAUGGCUUUUUCCCCUUCAUCAUCCUGGAUGCCAUCAACGACAGAGUUAGGCAUUUUGACCAGUUCUGGAGUGCAGCAAAAACCAAGGGAUUUGAGGUGUAUUUGGCUGAAAUGAGUGCCGAUAACCAGACAUGUGGCAAGAGAAAUAUUCAUGGAAGAAAGCUUAAAGAGAUAAACAAGAUGGCCGAUCACUGGGAAACUGCACCUCGUCAUAUGAUGCGCCUGGACAUCCGUUCUUUGCUGCAAGAUGCUGCUAUUGAAGAGGUAGAAAUGGAAGAUUUUGAUGCAAAUAUUGAAGAACAGAAAGAAGAAAAGAAAGAUGCAGAAGAAGAGGAAAACGAACUGGGUUACAUUCCGAAAAGCAAAUGGGAGAUGGACACAUCUGAGGCAAAGCUAGUCAAGUUGGAUAUUAAACCUUCAUCUUCAUCUUAAAACGUCAUCUUUUGAAACUCAAACCUCUGAAAAUCGUUAGUGUGAGUGUAUUGGACACGGGUUGUCUUCUGUAACUAGCGCCCCAGACGCCUCCUCCCUCACCUUAUGCCGUACAUCUGUGUGUUUGGGUUCCCAGGGUGCCACGUGGAAGAGGCAUGAACCUUUCUUCGGCCUCAAGAAGGAAACUUUAAACAUGUUGCGCACAAUCAUAUUUCAGAUUAAACACUACAGACAGGGGUGUUCAGACUAAAACACGUGUUCUGAACCUCCUUCCAUGUGGCCAGUAUGGGACUCCUGGCCCGUGGCUCCUGUCACGCACAGUGUGGGAGGAAAAGCACUUGCAGUUCAGUCUCUGCACUGCCCUGCGUUGCUGCUUGGCCGCGCCUUAUUCUUGGAAUUGAUAUGAAACUUCCCUUCGAAGUAUGUUAAUGUCAGAAUUGAUCUUACUAAGCUUGGAAAUCCUUUGAGGUUAAUUAAUAACUGUACGGGAGCUUCCUACUCUUCUGGCGGUACUGUAAGUGUCGAACUGAGACAGGUUUACUGUUUGUGGGACUUCGUUGGUUUUCUAAUAUUGUGACCCUGCACAAUCAAGGGGUCACUUCUUUAAGAUUCUGUGUAAUAUGGCCUGUCAUAUACAUGUAGAUAGAACCAUUUGGUACAGCAUGUUAUUUACAGAGGUUAGGAGACUGUUUCUGUUGAACUCAUCCAUGUUAAAAUUUUUCCAAAUUGAUAUGAUAAAAAAAUUUUUUGAGUUUUGUGAAGUGUCGUAGUUUGCCUGGCCAGAUUUUUAAAUAAUACUGUUUUUGUCGGGGAGGGGUUUAGAAAAUAAAGGCUUUGCCAAGUAUGCAAACUGUUACUGGUUUUUGUAGCCUGUGUGGUAUGGUGCAAUUAGCUUUGUGUGAAACUUGCACAUUCGAAGCAUAAACUCGCCCUCUCCUGCCACUGCUUCCAUUGUACGUUUCAUGUCACUUUUCUCCAACUUGGUGCCUAAAAGAUUUCUGUUAUAUACACUCUGCACCCUUUGUGGAGUUCAGUGAAGUGUGGCUAUUGAGUGUUUCGGAAGUUUUCAGAUUUUCCUUUAUUGACCUGCUUAAUAAUAGUGUGCUUAUAACAACUACAGAUGAUUUAAAAGUUUAGUGCUUCAGUGUAACCAAACUAUGUAACAUAGUAUUCCACAUGUAGAUAUCAAAAUCAGUAUUAACAACCAAUAAAAAAGACCACACAUUUCAUCUUGUGUUCUCUUUGAAGACACCUAAACUUGUACCUCGUAAUUUCUGAAUUGGAAGUUCCUGUUCAUUUAACUGAGUACAGUGUGGGGCCCUUGGAAAGCCCAGCCCUCUCAAAUUGAGGAUUCAGAAAGGAAAUUCGGAUCUGGUCACUCUGGCUGACUAGCCCUUCGCCUCAAAGUGGUCAGCAGUGCUACACAGUAUAACCGAAGGAAGUAGUGGUUUGUGCGGUCAGCUUACUCAUACACAUUAACUCAUGUGAAUCUUCUCACAGAGGUCGAACUCCCAGGAACCCGUUCAUCUAAAACCUUUUAAAACGUUAGCUUGGCUCAUCAAGUUCUUGGUACUACCUGCUUUUCAUGUGACACAGCAUCACACAUGAUUGCAGGUCCAAUGGGUGGUGUUCACACUGCGCCAGAGGAAAAAAGAAUGGGAAAAAGUGUUUUUUAAAAAAACCCAACUUUGCAUUUUCCUUCGGAGCAUGAGAGCUGAAAGUGUGAUUUGGGAGGGGUGGCUGGGGGACAACAGGGAGGCCAGGAGACAAGCGCCUUUCUUGCUCUGUCCAUGUGUGUUACCUGAACCAACAUCGUAAUGUAAUGGCUGUCAGGACGAACAGC